AUUGUGCCUAUAUAAAAUGGUUCCGAGAUAGCAUUUCUCAUAUUUUGUUGUGGUAAAGUGUUUGAUUUGAAGUCAUGUCUUGCUUUGAGAGUUGUAGAAGUGAACUUAAUCUCCAUGCAACACAUAUUGAUGGUAAUAUAUCACCGACCGUAGAAAAGAGCAUAAUUCGAAUAGUGCAAAAAGAAGGCUUUCUGGAUUAUAAAGUUGAUAUCCGUGAUAUUUCGACCGAUGGAGGAAAUUACUUGGCUAAUCUACAAGAGAUAGAGGUAAAAGGAAAAACUAAAAGUGGAGAAAAAGAAAUUGACCUGUUCAUAAAGAACAAACUACAAACAGAAUCGUGUCCUAUACCAAUAGAUGAAGCUUAUGAACGAGAAGCGUUCUUCUAUAAUGAACUAGCGGAAAUUUAUAAUGAAUUGCAAGAGAAAGCAAAUGUUCCAGUUGAGGAAAGACUAGAAAUAGCGAAAAGCUAUAAGGAGUCCAAUUCAGAUGCUACAAUACUCGAAAACCUGGCUAAGAAAGGUUACAAAACAUGGAGUAGGUUUGAGCCGAUAUCUCAACAAUUCGCAGAAAUAUCUAUAAAAGAACUUGCCAAAUUUCAUGCUUUAUCUUUUGCAUUACAACGUAAGCGACCUGAAUAUUUUGAAAGCAAAAUAAAAACAAUAAAACAUCUUAUGGAAUUAAGUUCAGAGUGGGAAAAUUAUUUGGGCGACGUAUGUGCUGCAACAGCGAGCUUUUUGGAAAAUGAAGGUUAUGAAAAAGGAUUGAAGGUCAAAUUUUUCUCAAAAAUUAUUGAAAACUAUAAGCUUUUAGUCAACCCACCGGAUACUUUAUCGACAUGUUUAUGUCAUGGAGAUUUUAGACCUAAUAAUAUCAUGAUAUUAGAAGAGAAUGGGGAAAUAAAAAAAGUGAUUCCUGUGGACUACCAAAUCAUAAACUACGGCUGCCCAGUUACAGACUUGAUUUACUUCGUGUUUAUGGGUUCAGAUAAAAAUCUAAGGAGAGACCACUUAGAGGACUUCAAAGACUUAUAUUACGAGACAUUCGAGAAUUUUCUUGCCCACUUCAAUGUUAGAGCCAAGGACGUUUACUCGAGAGAACGAUUCGAAAAAGAGUACCGUUAUCGUAUAGACAAUGGUCUUUGCUCUUUCUUAAUGGCCUCACCAUUCCUCUUUGGCACUGAUGAUGAUAUUCCUGAGUUAAAUAAUGGUCUUUCAAAAGUCAAGAUCAAUUUCAAAAACCCCGCCUGUAAAGAACGAAUACGUGGCGUCGUGGAUGAUUUCAUACAGUGGGGAUAUUUAUGAAUUAGAGUAUGGUAAAUUUUUUUUUUAUUGGAGAUUAUUGUCAUAAAGUUAUGUGAAAAUAAAAUUUUAAUAGUACAUACACUAAUAUGUUGUAUAUCUUAUUUAUUUAUUCUUAAUUUAUUUAUUACAACAUAAUAUUUAGCGUUAUAAAAGAAAAGAUUGGAAGUAAUCCAUAACUAUUGACGUGCUGAAUUUGGAUGAUUCAUAGGAUAAUGAAAAUGUUAUGAACAAUAUAUAUAUAUAUUUUUUUUAUUUCAGAACAAAA